AUGCCGCCGGAGCAGCAGCAGCAACAGUCCCGAAUAGCGCCGCCCAUGGCCUCGUCUCCGGCCAGAACGAGCCUCCCCGUGCUCCUCCACCUCGCCUCGUCGUCCGACGACCGGCGCCGCCGCCGGCGACCACGAGAAAAGCUCCGCUGCCCUUCUCCUCCUCCUGUUGUUUCUUCGCCUCCCUCGUCUUACCUCCGUGUCUCUCUUUCUCUGUUCAAACAGGAGCGCUGCCGACUGUCCUUGCCACCGCCGCACCUCGCCGGAUCCGCUACACCCACCACUGACCUGCUCCGUUCCGGCCAGUCCUCGGUGAAUCCACCCCAAGCCUCGCGCCAUCACCCACCGGAGCCAGACAGCGCUGGAUCCCUUCCUCCUGACCUCCUCGGCUCCGGCAACCAGGUCAUGCCGCCGCUCCCCGUGCCUCAUCUCUUUUCCCUGCUGCUCCUCUCUGAACUUACCCCGCCGUGGCCGCCUGUCUGCAGGUCGCCGAUGCACCCGACGGGAUGA